AUAACCCUGCUAAGCAUGAGUCUCGUCGCUUCGAAGUGGACCCCAGGGGCAAGUAUAAGAUCAUGGUGACGGCACCGAGGAUGUUCGCGAUGGCGGCCCCCCCUCCGCCCCCUCCUCAUGCUGCUCUCCUUCUGUAGGCCUGGCGCGACCUCCUUGUGCAAGGCCUUCUUGACGGACCACACUAACCACAAGGGGUGUCGCAUUUAUAUCACCGCGUUUAAACCCGUGCCACAAUUAAAUGCGCUUUUUUCUCGGAGGACUUAUCGUGUCCGUUGGCAGAGGAAAAGAAUGGUCCUUUGCUGAAGAUGGGUGGGCACUGGUACCGUCUGGACGGCUGCUAUAGAGGCAAGAGACGAUGGAAAUGUGCCCGCGGUUGUGGAGCAAGGAUACACACAGUUGGAAAACGACUCGUCUUCUCAGAUUUAAGACAUCGCUUGCAAGUGGUUUAUAACAACAAGGGGUAUCCGAAAUUGAGUCUGAAUGGUUACUUCUAUAGACCCCACAACGCUUAUAGGAACCAACCAAAGGUGCUGUGGUAUUGUGCUGCUAGGAACAGAUACCAAUGUCCGGCAAGACUACGGACCAUCAACCGCGAGGUUGUAGCUGUAAUGGGGUUACACAAUCACGUUCGCUGACCUUCGCAGGGGCGUGAGUGCCAGAGCAUGCCACGCCCUGAACCCUCAUACUUGUCCACCCUCGAUCUACAUGAGAUGUUUCGUUUUUACGGGGAAAGGCUUGCUCAACGCAAUGCAAACACUAAUUUUAAUAUUAUAUGAUUAUCAGAAAGUUAUGUUAAAUUGAUUUUCAGCAGAAUCCGUCUUCUGUCUGUGUAUCACAGGCACGAGUGUUUAGAUAUUAUUUUCCAUUACUUGAGACUCAAGCUAGUAACUUAUUUACCCCUUUUAUACGUACCUCUUUAUGUCUUUUCCUUGUCAAACUAGUGAUGUUUGAUUUUUGUCAAAAUCGUCACCUUCGUUUGUAAAGUUCCUAUGUAUUAUUUAUAGAUUUAUUUAUUUUAGAGUCUGAGCCAUGUAAUCAUAAA